UUUUCAUACUUGUAUGAGUUAAAAAAUGUAAUGCAAGUAAAGUACACUCAAAUAUGUAACACAGUUUGGUUGAUUUUCGUUAACGAUGUUAUCAAAUCUCGUUUAGUAAAGCAAUCGAGUUAUUGGCGUUGACCAUUUUCCUUUCUCUUUCUCUAGCCAUGGUUGCUCUGCGUUUCUUCUUCUUCUCAUCUCUUCUUAUUCUUCUUAUUCUUUCUCAAGCUCUUAUUAUGUCAGUUGGAUCUGCCUCUCAGAUCAGGCUUAGCUCAACGUUCUCGAUCCAAGAAGCUACCAUUGAAGACAUUAGAGUUGCUUUCAACGAGAAACGACUAACAUCAAAGCAGCUUGUGGAGUUGUAUCUCGAAGCAAUCUCCAAACUUAAUCCAAUACUCCACGCAGUCAUCGAGACGAAUCCUGAUGCGUUGAUCCAAGCAGAGAUCGCAGACAGAGAACGUGACCUUAAAAACACCACUAAGCUUCCUAUCUUGCACGGUGUUCCGGUUCUUCUCAAGGAUUCCAUAUCUACCAAGGACAAGCUUAACACCACGGCUGGCUCGUUUGCCUUGCUUGGUUCGGUCGUGGCUCGAGACGCGGGUGUUGUUAAAAGACUGAGAGAAUCUGGUGCUGUGAUCUUGGGCAAAGCCAGUUUAAGUGAAUGGGCUCAUUUUCGAUCUUUCUCCAUCCCAGAUGGUUGGAGCGCACGUGGCCUCCAAGGAAAGAAUCCAUAUGUUUUAUCAGCAAAUCCGUCUGGGUCAAGUAGUGGAUCAGCUAUAUCUGUAACAGCCAAUCUUGUGGCAGUGUCACUAGGGACUGAAACUGAUGGUUCCAUUCUGUCUCCAGCAAGUCAGAACUCUGUGGUCGGGAUUAAACCGAGUGUCGGACUCACGAGCCGAGCCGGGGUAGUUCCUAUCUCCUUGAGACAGGACAGUAUUGGGCCGAUUUGUAGGACAGUGUCGGAUGCUGUUCAUCUCCUUGAUGCUAUUGUGGGUUAUGAUCCAUUGGACGAGGCCACGAAAACUGCGUCCGAGUUCAUACCUGAAGGCGGUUACAAGCAGUUUCUGACAACUAGUGGCCUCAAAGGUAAGAGAUUAGGGAUUGUAAUGAAGCAUUCUUCUCUUCUUGAUCAUCACAUCAAAACAUUAAGACGAGAAGGCGCUAUUGUCAUUAACAAUCUGACGAUACCAAACAUCGAAGUCAUUGUGGGUGGGACUGAUAGUGGUGAAGAGAUAGCACUUUUGGCUGAGUUCAAGAUGUCUCUCAAUGCAUAUCUUAAAGAGCUUGUGAAAUCACCAGUCCGGUCCUUAGCAGAUGUUAUUGCCUACAACGAGGAAUUCGCUGAACAAGAAAAAGUGAAAGAAUGGGGACAAGAGGUGUUCCUUACAGCAGAAGCCACUAGUGGAAUGGGUGAGAAAGAGAAAACAGCGUUGCAGAAAAUGAAAGAACUAUCGAGGAAUGGAAUCGAAAAGCUAAUUGAAGAGAACAAGUUAGAUGCAAUAGUGACACUUGGUUCAGAUUUGAGCUCUGUCCUAGCCAUUGGAGGGUAUCCAGGAAUCAAUGUCCCUGCAGGAUACGAUAGUGGAGGAGUUCCAUAUGGGAUUAGCUUUGGAGGACUGAGAUUCUCAGAGCCAAAGCUCAUUGAGAUUGCUUUUGCCUUUGAACAAGCAACUCUUAUUAGAAAGCCACCCAAGUUCAUAGCUUGAGUCCCCAUUGGAGGGUAUCCUCUGCUUUCAAAAGUUUUGUAUCAUGAAAUGGUUCUAGUCACUCGAAUAAUUUACCUUGAGAUUUGACUGUUGUAACUUUUCCCUAUCGUUUUUACCUUUUUAAUGAUUACAUUAUAACUACAUUUAAUAUUAAUAUAUA